UAAGCCAAACUCGCGUUGCGAUUGGCGAACGCCGUUGCACGUGACGCCCUAUACGUGCUCGCGCAUUGGUCGCGAUGCGCGUUCGAGCUAGGAGAUGUAAAGAGGUGGUUGCCCAGGGCCCUACCCCCCCCGGUGGCGGCGGCUGUGGCGGCGGCGGCAAAGCCGAGCAGCAGAGUCACUCACGAUGGCGGCGGCAGCGGCGGCAGCGAGGAGGAGAGGGGAGGAGGACAAGCAGCUCAAGGUGCUGAGAGAGAUCUCGAGCCUGACACACAACCGGCGAUGCUUCGAGUGUGACCAGCGGGGGCCCACCUACGUCAACACGACCAUCGGCAGCUUCGUGUGCACGACUUGCAGCGGCAUUUUACGGGGUCUGAACCCUCCGCACAGGAUUAAAUCCAUCUCCAUGACCACCUUCACUGACCAGGAGGUGGAAUUUUUACAAAAAAAUGGUAAUGAGGUGUGCCGGCACAUGUGGAUGGGACUGUACAAUGAGCGCUCUGCUCUUAUGCCCGACUUCAAGGACCCCCAGAAGGCCAAGGAGUUCCUACAGGACAAAUAUGAGAAGCGAAAAUGGUUCGUUCCACCGGAGCAGGCCCGAGCGACGGCAGUGGCGGCCGCCCACACAUCACUGUCGGGCUCGUCGGCUAGCAGUGGCAGCAGCACGCCGGAGGUGCGGCCCCUCCGGGCCAUCGCCGGCCGCCUCACGCCGACGCCGGACAGCCUCAAGCACACCCCGACGCAGUCCCCAGCUGUGGGCAGGCCACAGUCCCACCCUCAGCUGCAGACGAACAAAAAGGCAUCCCACGUGGACCUGCUGGGGGAGCUGGGCGGAGACCCCUUCGCCGCUCCCUCUGUCGCCUCCGCCAACUUCGCCAACUUCAGUGCCAGCGCGGGAGACUUGGGCUUCGGCUCGGCAAAGGCCGCGUCGAGUGGAGGCACUAACUUCGCCUCGUUUGAGGCGUUUGGGGCACCUGGUGCGCCCACUGGCUUUGCCAAUUUCCCCAAGGCAAACCAACCCGUGAGGGCACAGAGCACAGGGGGCACGUCCAGCUCGGCGUUCCCAAGCUUCGCCGACUUCGACAACUUCCCCAAGUCCUCGAGCGCCGACCUGGGCGCCGUGUCCGCCGCGUCGGCUGCCCCGAAGGGCAGCGUCCCCCCGGCCGACAAGUACGCGGCCCUGGCCGACCUCGACAGCUUGUUCAGCACGGUGACCAAACCGCAAGAAGUCGGCUUGCCAACGUCCGGACCUCCCGGUGACAAGUACGCGGGUUUGGCUGUCCUGGACGGCGCGUACGGGGUCGGAUGCCCCCAGCCGACGGCCUCGGCGGCCGUGCACCACUCGGCCAGCGUGCCAGUACCUCCCUUCCCAGGUGCAACCAACCCGUUUGUAGGAGUGGGAGUGUCUGGUUCUCCAAAUCCUUUCCAGACAAAUGGAUUUGCCGCGUUCAGUUCGGCAGGAGCGCAGUCCGGGUUUGGCACUGCGGCCCCGGUCUCGGCGUUCGUGCCGAGCUUCCAGCCGGCACCCAGCACCUUCACGCAGCAGCCGCCGCCCGCACUGGCGGCGGCGGCGGCAGCGGCAGCAGCUGUUUUCCAACAGCAGCAGCAGCAGCAUCACCAGCAGCAGCAGCGCACUCCCUUUGGAGCAUUCGUGCAGCCCAAGGCAGCUGCUGCUGCUGCUGCUGCGAUCCCGUUUGCGCAGCCCAUCUCUGCGAUGGUCAACAACCCCUUCAUGGGCGGAACAAACGGCGGGCAGUUUCCCGGCAGCGCCGCAUCCACCAACCCCUUCCUGUAG